AUGGACGACUACCUGGAGAGCCCCAUGGAGGACGAUGUCUUUCCUUGCAAAGGCUGUGGAGAGAUCUUGGAGGAGGGCAAGGCCUUUGAGCUUGAGCUUGAGGCUGACCAGAUCGCAGCUGGAAACCGAUGGCAUUUGAACUGCUUCCGAUGCAACACCUGCGGCACCCUCCUCGACUCCGAUGCGAACCUCCUCCUCCUCGGCGAUGGCUCCCUCAUUUGCAACAACUGCACAUACAGCUGCAGCGCAUGCAGCAACAAGAUCGAGGACCUGGCGAUCCUCACUGGCGACCAGGCAUUCUGUGCGACCUGCUUCCGGUGUCGAAACUGUAAGAGGAAGAUCGAGAAUCUGCGAUAUGCUAGGACAUCACAGGGCAUCUUCUGCAUGAGCUGCCAUGAGUCGCUCAUGGCAAGACGAAGAAAGAAAUCGAAGGCUGCCGCUCAUGCAAAAGCGCGAGAUAAGGACUCUCCCAUGGUCGACAAGUCGCUGCCCGCCUUGCCGCCGAAUGCCAUACCGCCGAACGCGUUUUCAGACGACCGAGUUUCCCCUGAUUCGGACACGCCCACCGAGCUGUCGCCCCGGCCAACCAGGCCUGCGUAUCCCAGGAAGGACUCAUCCUCAAGAGGUAGUUCACGCCCCGCUCGCUCGCCAGAGAGACCUCUUGAAUCCAACAAGGAGACUGGACUCGGCUUGCCCGCCCACAAUUACCGGAAAAACAGGAACAGUUCCAUCAUCGGUGGACAAGCUAACGUCGAAGGUGUAGACGGUGACAGCUUUUUCAUCCCAGUGGCCUUGGACCCCAGCCCCGCGCCCUCGGUUUCCUCCCCACGGUCCAAUGGCGACGCUUUCGACCAGCGCAAGGUUAGCAAUGAAAAGGAUUAUUUUACAAACAAGGGAGACAAAAAGAAUGAGGUUCGCAGCUCCCAGGCCUCAACCCCUCACAUUGCCUUUCAGGAAAAGGCACGGCGGACCUCGUCCGAUUACGAAGCCUCGACUCCUAAGGAGCCCGCACGAAAGUUAUCAAAGUCAUCCAGGUCUGACAGGAGUGUCAUGUCACAGGCAUCACCGGUCGCCAGCGAGGACAGAUCCCAGAAAAGCUCGAAUGGACACAAGGACGAGUUCAAACUCCAAGAUGCCCCCAAAAGUAAGAAGUUAAUUACCAACCGGCUCCCUCCACAAAUGACCAGCUCUUUGGAGAAUGGCACACCCAAGACAGCAGACCGCAACCUCAGGAGGGACACCCUGGGUUCCAAAUCCGAAUCACCUCCGCGGUAUGGCUCGGCGGACAGAUCUGGAACUCCCAGGGAAGCCCAGGACGCCCGUACGAAGGAUGAUGACAAGCGUCCGUCCCUCGAAACAAACAAUUCCGCUAGGACCGGAGACACAACCAACUCAAGGACUGUUCCUCGAAAGGACCUCCCUAUCUCGGCUGCCAACCGCAGCGUAAAUGGCAAAUCCACGAGAACCGAGGACCUCACUCGACCACAGGUUGAGCAAAAAUUGAGCGACACGUACAUGUCUCCGCGGGCCCCGCCUCAGCCACCAGGAGUGACUGCGAAGGACACAGCGAAGGACACGAACGUUUCAAAGAAUGGGCAGACAUCCCCCAAGGUGUCCCCCAAGCUACCGAGAUGGAGCUCUGGCGGCGAUUUCACCAUGGAUGAAGACAUGGCACGUAUCCUGGGCACAGACGAGGGAUCCUCCUCUCUACUCCGCCGCGUCUCCAACGCCGUCAGGCAUGGGCGGACCGGAAGCACAGAGUCUAACUCACCGCAGACCAGGACUGCACAUGGCAGAAGCAUGAGCGAGACGACUCGAGGAACCGCCUCGCCCAGCUGGGACAAAACCCCGAUCAUCGAGACCGAUCAAAAUGGCGACACAAACUCCAUUAGCAUCCCCGUGUCCAAGGACGAUCCUGCCUUUUUGAAGCGACAAUUGCGCACGUCGGAACAGCGAGUCGCGGAGCUGGAGAAGAAGUUUCACUCCGAAAAAGACCUGUUAUCUAUCGACGAGAAGUUGACCGAGAAGAGGAAGACCGUCUCUGUCCUGGACACGCAAACGGAAAUUAUGAUUCGUGAGUUGGAGGUGCUGGCUGGCUACGUCGAGCGGGCCAAGGACACCCAACGGCCCAUUGAUUAUCACGCUCUUGGAGAAUCUGCCAUCAAGGAUUUCGUCCAGAAGCUAGAUAAGGUCAAGCAGACCAUGGCCGCAACGAUCGAGCAGUUGCACAGUGAACGGGACCAGUUACUUGAGGACAAGGAGCGGGCAAUCGCCGACCGGGACCGAGCACUUCUUGAGUUCGAGCAGCUGUCAUCUAAGAAUGCGCAGCUGGCUGAUAUGAACAACGAUCUGACCCACCAGAUUCAGGGGCGGUUCAGGUCUCAGGUUGGAUCUGAUGGAAAGCCUUCCAAUGGGCUGGGCAUUUACACAAACCAUAAGUCCAUGUCCAGCACUUCUGUUCAUAACAUCGACACCUCUAGCAUCCAGACCGGUCCGACCCUUGUCGCCACGGACGUUGACGAACCUAUUCUCGAGGGGCCAACUGUCGUCCAGGUGAGAAAGGGACAAGCCAAGAAAUUCAAUUGGAAGAAAGGCGGAAAGUCCGUGGCACAGAACAUUACCAGAGUCGGCCGGGCCGUCGCUGCCUUCCAGACGAAUGAACGCGAUCCCAGACUGCCUCAACAGGGUGGUCUGAAUUCUGAUAACAUUGGUCUGCCGUACAACAUGACGGCUACUCAAUUUGAGUCACCAUCGACCGUUCUGCCUACCAACGGGCAACAAAAUCGUGCCCCGCCUCCCGACGCUCGAUCCUUUGGCUUCUUUGGUAAGAAUAAGAACCCGAAUCUGCCAAAGUCCGUCUCCGCGGCGAACAUCAGCACCGGUGCCGCCAUGGCCGAGGACCCAUCUACGCUGUUUGGCUCUGACCUGGUGGAGAGAGCCGACCAUGAACGUCGUCAAAUUCCCAGUGUGGUGACCCGCUGCAUAGAGGAGGUUGAGCUCCGAGGCAUGGACGCCGAAGGCAUAUACCGGAAGUCAGGAGGCAACUCUCAGGUCAAGAUGAUCCAAGAGGGCUUUGACAAGAUGGAGGACUUUGACAUCUCCGACCCAAGCAUCGAUAUCGCGUCUGUCACCAGCGUGCUCAAGCAGUACUUCCGAAAGCUUCCCACGCCGCUCUUGACUUUCGAUGUCUAUGACCGGGUCCUGGAGUCAGCCGGUAUUUCCGACACUGCUGAGCGCUGCGCUCACCUUCAGAAGACGGUCAAUAUGCUUCCACAAAAGCACCGCGACUGUCUCGAGUUCCUGAUGUUCCAUCUGGCCAGGGUCGCCAGUCGUGAGCGAGAGAACUUGAUGUCGCCCAAGAAUUUGGCCGUGGUAUUCGCGCCCACAAUCAUGCGAGACCACAGUCUUGAGAGAGAAAUGACGGACAUGCACUCGAAGAACCUCGCUGUGCAGUUCAUGGUUGAGCACAGCAACGAAAUUUUCACCACUGACUGA